AUGAUGUCUUCACUUGGGAGGGACCACGUCGUUAGGAUAUCCGAACCGGUUCAGAUCUCAGGGGCUACUCGGAAAAGAUCAAAAUCUGCAAUCGCGCUUUCCUUGGAAUCGCACUCUGAGUUCCUUCCCUUUGAAAUUGAGGACCAUUCACAAAGGAAAAUUCAAACUCUAAUGGCGGUUUCAUUCAUCGCUGAGCAGAGGACGAGAGCUGUGGGAGAUGUAAUCAAAAGCUUAAGGGAAGAACAUAGUCCAGCAGUGCCUCGACAUGGAGGUUCUGUGAAAGGGCUUGGUAAUGAGGCUUAUGGAGUGCACAUGAAUGGCUACGUUGAGAAGGAUGGGAAGAAGUUUCUAUGGAUAUAG